AGAACUUCUGGCAAUCGGCUCUGAUCUGUCGCAAAAAACGGCGGCACCCUCGCCAUGCCCCGAGACGCCGGCACUAACGCCUUCCUCAUCUCCUUGUGCAACUCCGUCAACAACGGCUCCUCCUUCUGGAUCGGUCUGCACGAUCAGCGCGGAGAAGGAAGCUUCGAGUGGCUCGACGGCACCGCGCUCGGUGACUACAACAUGUGGGCUCCGGGAGAGCCGGACAACGAGUACGACAUCGAAGAUUGCGUAGUUUACAGCCCCAUCUUCAGCAGCGUCACCAGGGAGCGGCAGCACCAGUGGUACGACACACCGUGCAUCCGACGCGUGCACUUCCUAUGCCAGGUUGUACCACGACAAGCAUAGGCUACAUGCCAUACCAUCAUCGCAUCUGUAUCCGUAUAAUCCACAGAGUAAAUUCAUAAAGGAAGUUAACUAUCACAAGUGACUCCAAUUGACUCAUUAAA